AUGGUCAUUUGCUCUUUAGUUCUCGGUGUCUCGGAUGCGGAGCGUAAUCGCCCACAGCGGCCUCCCAAUCCCAACUAUAAUUGUAAUCCCAAUCCCAACUACAAUUGUAAGCGUAAUCGCCCACAGCGGCCUCCUCCUAAUUUUAAUUAUUGUAAUCCCAAUCCCAACUCCAAUUGUAAGCGUAAUCGCCCACAGCGGCCUCCUCCUAAUUAUAAUUAUUGUAAUCCCAAUCCCAACUAUAUUUGUAAUCCCAAUCCCAACUACAACUGUAAUCCCAAUCCCAAUCCCAACUAUAAUUGUAAUCCCAAUCCCAAUUAUGAUUAUAAUCCCAAUCCCAAUCCAAAUAGACCCAGACCACCAAGCAACAACGGAGGCGGAUAUCCUGCUGGUCUUGAUCCAAACCGCAAACUGUUCACUUUCAAAGGGAAUGAAGUUAGCGACAACCACGCCGACACGCAGGCAUUUAACAACUUUGGCAACGUGCAUAACGGGGGUAAUAGGCACGGCCACAACGAAGACAAUGCUAUUUUCGGGUUUGAGGAUAAUAAAGUCAAGGGAAACCAGGGCAAAGUGAAAGGAUUUAACGACUUCGGCAACCAGUACUAUUGA